AUGGCCAGUUGCUUACGUGCCCCCGUGCAAUUCUGGGACGAUCCUGCUGCAAAACCGUCUGCCGAAGCAUGGAAUUCUUGGAAAACUACAUUCACAGACUAUUUGGAUUUACUUUGUGUAUUUUCCCCGGCGGUGCAGCUAACCGAGAAUGACAGAAUCAAAUUUCUACGGCACUAUUUGGGCCAGGAAGGUAGACAGCUGUUUGACGCACUCGAUCUGAAAGUCAAAUCAAGUCUGGGAGAAGUGUUUUGUGCAUUAGACAAACACUGGGACAUUCGUCCUAAUAUAUUUGUUUCUNGAGGUGAUGUUGUGGCCUGCGGUCGAGUGAAACGUUUACCGUUUAUCAUCACAUGA